AUGACCCAGCCGCGCGUGCACCUCUUGUACUCGGACGACCGCGUCAAAGACCGCACCGAUAAUGUCUUCAAGAGCAUGAUCCACCAGCUCGCGCAAGACGACGAGGACGACCACAAUACCCAACUCCUCAAGCGCGCGCUCAAGUACCGCCAAAAGGAGAUGCCGACAGGCGACGACACCAAGAAGGCCGAGGUCGCGGCUUGCUUUGGCGUCAAGUGGCACAAGGUGCCGAGCGACGACGACGAUGCGCUUGAUUACUGCCCACCGAAUUUUACUCCCCGACACAUUCACGAAUCAUUUUUGAAUUUGCGCCACAAGAAGAGCAUGUCGACUCAAGUCGCGUCGCCGCGGUGCAUCAGCCUUGUCUACUCGGACGAACUCGUGAAAGCGCGCACGGACAGUGUGUUUCGAAGCAUGCUCCAGCAGCUCUCGGAGAACGACGACGAUGACCACAACACGCGGCUCCUCAAGAAGGCACUGCAGUACAGGAGACGGCCGCCGCACGUCAACGUCACCGUCGCCGACGACACGGAGGUCGCCUCAUGCUUUGGCGUUCGAUGGCAAAAAAUGUCGCCGUAAAGUUCCGUAUCGUAUAUUGUACAAAUAGAAGAUUCAUUUUGAUAUGUUGAUAAACAAAAGUUUAGCUUUUUACAUUGUCCUCAAACA